CCCAGCUGACUUUGGGCAACAGGCUAGAAGUGGAAUCCACCCUCCACUCUUCUCCAGCCAGUCGCAGCCCCACAAAAUAAGCAAGAAGAGGUUCAGUGCUCCUGAGAAAUGUGAAAAUAUUAAGAUGCACGAAACGUUGGAAACACUUGUAGCACGUGUUAUCCUGCAAAUGUUGGUGUGGCGACUUGAGGGUGCGAAAAUAAGAGGACUUCAUUGAUCCAGUGUACUGCACUUUGCAUUCGACUUGACAGCGACGCGAGUUCCCUAGCGCAGCGUCGAAUUACGACCACCAGAUGUCACUGUUCACCAGGCCGAGUAUCGCCCCCCUCCUUUCGACGAAGCCGGUGACAAAUAGCCGCAGAAACAGGGCUUGGUUUCUGCGAGUUGUGUAUGAUUCACAUCUGAGCCACACUGCGACUGGAGACGCAGACGCUGAGCAGGACGCAGAGGCGCAGGAGCUAUCUCGGGAGCAUCACUUCGGCUGAGCUUAUGUUGGACUCACUGGUUCUCCUCUAGCUACUCGGUCAACUGCAAACCACAACAGUGGGAGGACAUCGAUAUGGGACAUUCCGCAAUUCCAGUCUUGCUGGCCGCGCUGUCCUUGCACGCAUGUGGAAGCGUCGAGGGCCUCUCCAUGAGCGAGGUCGACGGGCCUGGCCCGCGGGCGGCAGAACCUCAGAUCGCAAUGUUCUGCGGCCGUCAGCUGCUGCACAUGAACCCGCGGACGGGCCAGUGGGAGCCGGACCCCCAAGGCCGCAAGGACUGCUUCAAAGAUCCCAGUGAAAUUCUCUCCUACUGUCAGGAGAUGUACCCGGCGCUUUCCAUUUCCCACGUAGAGGAGGCAAAAAGUCCCGUGAACAUCCCUUACUGGUGUAAGAAAGGCUGGAGCCACUGCCAGGCGCGCCCCUUCAUAGUGGUGCCCUAUCGCUGCCUAGAAGUCGAGUACGUGAGCGAGGCCCUGCUGGUUCCAGACCGAUGCCGCUUCCUCCACCAGGAGAAGAUGGACGCCUGCGAGAGUUACGUGUACUGGCACAACGUUGCCAAGGAGGCGUGCACUGCAGACAAUCUGGAGUUUCACAGCUACGGGCUGCUUUUGCCUUGCGGGAAAAAAUUCCGCGGCGUGGAAUACGUGUGCUGCCCGGGUCGAAGCGGCUCCGGAAGCAAGUUGGAACUCGGGGAAAAAGAAGUCCUGGCUGCCCAUCAGACCUCACAGAACAGCGGAAUUCUCAAUUCUGCCGCCAAAGUGAGAGCACCCACCCCGAGCCCCUCCCCCGACACCGACAUGUACGACACGGACACGGAAGACGACGAGGACGAGGUGGUGGAGGAUGAUGAGGAGGAGGACGAGGAGGAGGGGGAGGAAGAGGAAGACGAGGACGACGUGGACGAGGAGCCGAUGGAAGACGAGGACGAUGAGGAGCCCGUAGCAGUGAGAAACCCAGACAAGUACGAGUACCCCAUCGACUCCGGUCCCUACCAGACGUCCGACUACCUGGACUCGUCCUACUACGAGAAAAGCUACAAAACCACAACUUCGCCACCUCCCAUGAAAGACGAAACCGUGACAAGCGCGCGACCCACAGAUGGCGUGGACGUUUACUUCGAGAAGCCAGCCGACGACACGGAGCACGCCAACUUCCUGCGAGCCAAAACGGACCUGGAGGAGCAGCGGAUGAACCGCAUCAACGAGAUCAUGAAGGAGUGGGCCGAGGCAGACAACAAGUCCAAGGAUCUGCCAAAGUCAGAGCAGCAAGCCAUAAAUGAGCACUUCCAGUCCGUGCUGCAGACCCUUGAGGAACAAGUGGCGGGCGAGAGGCAGCGGCUGGUGGAGACUCAUCUGGCCAGGGUGGAGUCCAUCCUCAACAACAACCGCCGGCUGGCCCUGGAGAACUACCUGACCGCCGUCCAGUCUGACGAGCCGCAGCCCGAGCGGGUGCUGCAGGCUCUGAAGCGAUACAUGGCCGCCGAGCAGAAAGAUCGCAGACACACCCUCAGGCACUACCAGCACAUUGUGGCCGUCGAUCCGCAGAAGGCUGAGCAGAUGAAAUUCCAGGUGUACACACAUCUGCAUGUGAUCGAGGAGAGGAUGAACCAGAGUCUGGCGCUGCUCUACAAGGAUCCCAUCUUGGUUGAGGAGCUCCACGAUGACAUCCAAGAGCUGGUGCGAGCCGAGCGGGGCGACAUCAGCGAGCUCAUGACCACGUCCUUCUCCGAGACGCACACCACCGAGGAGCUUCUGCCGGCUGAGAGCGAGGAAGAGAAGGACGACGAGGAAGACGAGGACGCAGAAUUCCAGAAGAGGCCCUAUCCCCCCCGCCUUGACCCGCAGUCGAAUAAGAAAGGAGAUGAAUAUGACUACGCCACAUCUGAGAGGCCUCCUACUUAUGAAUAUGAGGAAAAGAUCAACACCUCCGUCGAGCUCAAGCAGGUCGUCUACAAGCCUGACGAGAUCGAGAGGGAUGAACUACAACCCGACGCCUUGGAGACGUUCAACCGCGGGGCCAUGGUGGGCUUACUGGUGGUGGCCGUGGCCAUCGCCAUGGUGAUGGUCAUCAGUCUCCUGCUGGUGCGCAGGAAGCCCUACGGCACCAUCAGCCACGGCAUCGUCGAGGUGGACCCGAUGCUGACCCCGGAAGAACGACAGCUGACCAAAAUGCAAAACCACGGCUACGAGAACCCCACGUACAAAUUCUUCGAGCAGAUGAACUGAGCCGGUAGCAAGUCGGCCGCUGCUCUCGUCCUGUCAUCGACGACGGAGGCGCGCCGACCGAGGAUUGGCAUUGACGUCGCGUUCAUUAACUCACAGGUGUCAAACUCAGGGGCCAGGGGCCCUGACGUGGUCCGCCGCAUCAUUUUAUGCGGCCCCGCGAAAGCAAAUCAUGUCCGUCAACUUCUGUGAUUUUUGCCCAAAUUUGUACCCAAAUUCCAUGCUCAUCCGUCAUCAUGAUAAUCAAUAACGUUGAAAUAUUGCACUUUACUGUUACCUAACACAUUUUCUAACGUAACAUAAACAAUAGUCGAAGAAACUUUUACCCUCGUCUUGUGAUUUCCAAACCAGUUAUCCCCUAAUUUGCUGCGUAACGGUAACAAUAUGAUUUGCCGAUUCGACAUUUUAACGGCCCUCGGAGGGAAAUCAUAACGCGGGCCGAGACAAAAAUGAGUUUGACACCCCUGCAUUAAGCGGAUCGGCUCGGUCUUUCGUCCAUACCUUAUUUGUAAAUGACCAAGUGCAUCAGUCGUCGUGACCAAAAUGUGAAUAGUGAAAUAUGACACUCCACACCUGCUGUAAUCUCCAUUGGAUUAGCUCCUGCCGCAUACUGUAGAAAAUAAUCCCAGUGAAGCAAUCGUCGGAGUGGCAUGACUUGACCUACUGACACACCAGAAACGGAAUUGUGCGUAACGCUUUAUGAUAUUGUUUUUUUCCCCCUCCCAUAAUAUUCAUAUCGUCUCGCGUAGAUAUAUUGAACCCGUGUCGAUGAGUGUGACAGGCAGCCUGUUCGUCCUUAUUUAGCGCCACGAAUGACCAACGAAGCUAAAUUUUUCUUCAUCGUUCAUCUCCAGAAGUUCCAACGAGGUCAUAUCGAUAUUAUUUUAAAAACUCUUCCUUCUUUCAGGCCUCAACACGUGCUUUGAUUAAAUUCGACCCUAAUUAAGUUUAGUUGUGCUUGCGACGUCAGUAUUUGUAGAAGAGAAUUAUAGAUUUAAUGAACGCGUCCGCUUGUCACUAUUUGUGCUGUUUCCCGUCGCUUCUUAAAAAGUCCAAACGGACACUGUAAAUAUUAGCGGACGGACAAAACGAUUCGUAACUCCGCGUGUCUAUCUUUAAGCAGUUUUGCUAGAGAUGUUACUAUUUGAAAUAUCUGAUUUCAUUUUUCGUGACAAUUUUUUUUGAAGUUUUACAUACUUUUCUCAACAUUCUCAGAGACCCUGGUUAUCGUUUUUAGACCUCUGGCUACUGCAUCUUCCUCACGCUUUCCCAAAACAUGCACGUCAGGUUCAUUCAAGACCAAAUUGUGAACGUGAGCGUAUCUCGUCACACCCCAAAUGAACAUAAAGCCAUACGGUAGACGUAUAAAUAUUAGAUAUCCUUGGAAAGUGGAAGAGUGUGACUAAUUUUUUUUUAAUUCAAUCUUUUCCCACUUUCUCGUGUCAAUCCAACCAGAAGAUUCUUAUUUAAAUUGUGGAGGGGAUGAUGAUGAGGAUGAGGAUUAAUUCCAGGCGCAAGUGUCUCCUCCUAAUAUCAGACGUCAUCGUAGACUUUUUUUUUUUUUUUUUUAUGACGCAUUGACGUUAACGGCUAAUACAUCGUCGUCGUGCAUUGUGCUGUAAACGAGAAGGAGAAGCAUUUUCCUUACAUGGCUGAUUGAAAACGGACUGUUGUAAAAAACCAGCACAAGGUGACACAGUAACUUCUUUCUGAAUGUAUUUGAGGUAAAUGUCGAGACUCCGUUCCCCCGAGUUAGUUGUUUUUUUUUGGUUUGUUUUUUUUCCCCCCCGGAGCGGCGACGUUCGGAGGCGCGGCGUCGCGUCGGCGCUCUCGCCAUCCCUUUGUAGCAGCCCGCCCAAUUCGCGUCAGGUGAGUGUCGAGGCAGAGGAGAUCAAAACCCGAGGGUGUAUAAUACUGAGUGCGGUAUAUUGUGUCAGUGUGUGUGUAUACAAUCGUAAAAAAAGAAAAUGAAAAUUAAAAAAAAAAAAAAAAAAAAA